AUGGGAUGCAAUGGAGGGCUCAUGACUACGCAUACGAUUACGUCCAAGACAAAGGAAUCCUCACAGAAAAUGAAUAUCCUUACGAGGGACUUACAGAAUGAUGCAAGCAAAAAGGAACAACCACAGGUCCAAUAUCAUGUGCUAUUGACGCCAGUUACCUGUCGAGUUCUAGUCUCGAAGGCAGCACAUGUGGCUGAGUGCGACAGGUAA